CAAAUACUUUACAUCUAAUGGAUGGCACUUCUACUGCAGAAAUUAUUAAUGGGGACGUAUUUUUUGAGAUAAUCGAACCAUCUGAAUUGGAGUACACAUAUAGAAUUCGACCAGCAAAAGGUUUUGGGGCACCCUUUAAUUCGUCAUUUCACAUAAAGAACGUGCCUUUGAUACCAGUAUUGCCAAAAAAUGGCUGUAAACCACCUGAUAAUUUGGAUGAUGUAGAGGGAAACGUUGCAUUCAUCGAAAGAGGGGACUGCUCUUUCAAAAGAAAAGCUCUCAUUGCUGAACAGGCAGGAGCUAGAGCUGCAAUCAUAAGUGAUGUUACUGAUUCCAAAGACGAAUAUUUCAUCGAAAUGAUCGAUGACCAUACUAUUGACGAAGUAAAUAUUCCCGCUGGAUAUCUUAUGGGUAAAAAUGGUUUGAUGAUUCUGAACACGCUGCGGAGACUUCGAAGAACGUACGCCCUCAUAAACUUGCCUGUCAAUUUGACGUACACACCAGUACACAAGAUGAACCAACCUCCUUGGAUGGGUUGGUAAGGGAAACUACAAACAAGAGAAUUAUUAUGUUGGUCACCUGAAGGUUGUCAUGUGUUUUUCUUUUGCAAAAUUAGGAAUUGUGAUGUUUAUUGUUACAUUCUUGAUUAUGUUUGUUGGUACAUUAUUGUAACUAUAGUCUAACUUAUAAUAGGCAAUAAACAUGUUAAGUUUUGAA